UAACCCACCCCCCCUGCCGAUACACACAUGUGUAUGUAUAUAUCUUGUGUGGCGUUACUCUAGCUACACUUCCAAAAAUGAAAACAUGGCUUGUGCCUUGACAGAUGCUGCAAUUACUCCACAUAUGCUCAAAAUCCACUCCCUAAACUUCAUAUCAUUUUCCAUAUCAAAUCCCAGAUAUUCUUCUCUUUUCCUUUCCCUUUCUCUCUCAUCUCUCACAUGAUAACCCAUAUGUACUUUCCUCUAUUUUCUUCCAUCAUCAUACCAUAAAUUUUUCUUGUAUUUAUUGUGUACGGCAGCGCUGCUGCUUCCAUCUCUUCUAGGUCAGGCGAGGUGUGGUGGACUAAUUCUCAACGCCGGCCAUGGAGUUCAGCGGCGGCGGCGGCUCUAGCGGCGGCGACCCCCACGACGCCUCCGAGAGGAGGAAGAAGCGCUACCAUCGACACACCGCCCACCAAAUUCAGCGCCUUGAAUCGAUGUUCAAAGAGUGUGCUCAUCCAGAUGAGAAGACGAGGAAUCAGUUAAGCAGAGAAUUAGGCCUCCAUCCUCGGCAGAUCAAAUUUUGGUUCCAAAAUAGGAGGACUCAAAUGAAGGCACAACAUGAAAGAGCAGACAACUGCACACUAAGAGCAGACAACGACAGAAUCCGAUGCGAAAACAUUGCCAUGAGAGAAGCCCUCCGAAACGUCAUCUGCCCCUCCUGCGGCGGCCCUCCGGUCACCGAGGAUUCCUACUUCGACGAGCAGAAACUCAGAAUGGAAAACGCACAGUUGAAAGAAGAGCUGGACAGAGUUUCCAGCAUUGCAGCUAAGUACAUAGGCCGCCCGAUUUCGCAGCUGCCGCCCGUGCAGCCUAUUCACGUCUCUUCAUUAGAUUUAUCAAUGGCAAGCUUUGGUGGGCAUCAUGGGAUGCCUUGCCCUUCUCUCGAUCUCGAUCUUCUGCCCGGGAGCUCCUUGGGGAUGGCGCCCUCCAGCCUAGCCUUUCCCCCCAUGAGCAUCUCCGACGUCGACAAGUCCCUCAUGGCGGAUAUCGCGGCCAGCGCCAUGGAUGAGCUGAUCAGGCUGUUGCAAGGCAAUGAGAUGCUGUGGAUCAAGUCUGCAUCCGACGGCAGGGAGGUGCUCAAUCUCGAGAGCUACGAGAGAGCUUUUCCGAGGCCUAAUAGCCACUUGAAGAAUCCUAGUGUUAGGACAGAAGCUUCGAGGAGUUCGGGUGUUGUGAUCAUGAAUGACUUGGCUUUGGUUGACAUGUUUGUUGAUUCUAGUAAAUGGAUGGAAUUGUUUCCUGCAAUUGUGUCAAGGGAAAGGACUAUUGAAGUGAUAUCAUCUGGGAUGCUGGGGAGCCAUAGUGGCGCAUUGCAACUGAUGUAUGGUGAGCUGCAGGUGCUCUCAGCAUUAGUCCCAACUAGGAAACUCUAUUUCCUAAGAUUUGUGCAGCAGAUUGAAGCAGGAUCAUGGGCUAUUGUCGAUGUCUCGUAUGAUAUCCCCAAUCAAGACACCCAGUUUUCGUCUUCGUCUUCAUGUAAAGCUCACAAGCUCCCUUCUGGAUGCUUGAUACAGAAAAUGCCUAAUGGCUACUCAAAGGUGACUUGGAUCGAGCAUUGGGAAGUUGAGGAUAAAGCUGCAGUCCACAGGCUCUACAGAGACCUCAUUCACAGUGGAUUAGCCUUUGGAGCAGAAAGGUGGCUAGCAAAUCUGCAGAGGAUGUGUGAACGGAUUGCUUGCUUGAUGGUGGCUGGGAAUUCAAACCCUGAAAGAAUUGGAGGCAUUCCAUCACCAGAGGGCACAAGAAGCAUGAUGAAGCUUGCUCAGAGAAUGGUGAAUAACUUGUGUGCAAGCAUCAACCCUUGGAGUGGGCAGCACUUGACGAGCCUCUUAGGGUCGAACGAGCUCGAGGUCCGGGCAACUCUCCACCGGAGCGCAGACCCCGGGCAGCCCAACCGCAUGGUGCUGAGCGCCGCCGCCACUAUAUGGCUCCCUGUCUCCCCUCAUAACGUCUUCAACUUCUUCAGGGACGAGAGGACCCGCCCUCAGUGGGAUGUGCUCUCAAAUCAAAAUCCAGUUCAAGAAGUUGCCCACAUUGCCAACGGCUCUCACCCUGGGAACUGCAUUUCUGUGCUCAGGGCCUUAAACACAAGCCAAAACAACAUGUUGAUACUGCAAGAGAGCUGCAUAGACUCAUCGGGCUCACUCGUAGUCUACUGCCCCGUUGAUCUACCGUCGAUCAACAUCGCGAUGAGCGGUGAUGAUACGUCCUUCAUCCCCCUGCUGCCGUCGGGUUUCACCAUCUCGCCCGAUGGCAGCGCCACCCCGGACCACUUCCCCGGGGAUGGGGCGUCCACGAGCUCCAACGUGGACGCGGCUGCCAGGUCAUCGUCGGGCUCCCUCGUCACGGUGGUCUUCCAAAUCCUAGUCAGCAACAUGCCGACGGCCAGGAUCAGCCCGGAGACCGUCAACACGGUGAAUAACCUCAUAGGCAACACUGUCCAUCAGAUCAAAGCGGCCAUGAAUUGCUCCACCUCCUAAUCAAUCUCGACCGUCCACCUGAGUAAGCUUGUGAUUCAAAGAUCGUGGCCAUGGGAUUCAUUGAUGCCUCCUUAUUUUACCCAUCACCAAUAACUGGACCUGACUCACUGCUGCUGCUGCUGCUUUUUUUUGCUGUCAUUACAGUUCACACCAACUUACUCUUUUUUUUUUUUAUUAUUUUUUUUUUACUUGAGAAAAUAGGAGUCAAGAACGCACCGUUUCUAGAUGGAAGCUAGGGUAUGGUUCGGGUAUUGACUUCUAUCAGUUUUUCUUGAAUUAGAGAGAAGGGAUUUGUGUAGUAAGGUAGCAUUUGUUGAAUAGAGAUGGGAUGUGUUGCAUGUGUGUAUGGAUGGAUUCUCAUUUAAUGAACAAUGUGUUUCAUGUGUGGUCCAUGGA